AAUACAAAGAAUAUUAUCACGGAUCUCCUAUUUACCAGGUUACGAAAAGUAUAAAUUAAUUUGUUUUGCGUUUUUACCAGGGAAAAAUGAGUAGCUCCGAAUUCGUGGCUUUAUCUCCGGAGUAUGACGACUUGACAAAGGAAAACGAAGACUUGACAAGAGAGAUAGGGAAAUUGUCUACCGAAAGACUAAAGUCGAUUUCGGAACAUAAAUUCACAAAUGCGUCGAGGGAUUCUUGGUUUCGAACUCACAGUUUUGAAAAUAUAAGUUCCGAUCAAGAUGCAGAACGAACUUUUAAACCAAUACCUCCAGACAGUCUUGAUGGCGGAAAAUUUACAGAUUUUUCGUUCGCAUCAAGUUUGCCAUGUAAAGAAAAUCAAGUGUGUCUUAACGGAGGGAGUUCUACUCCACCAGAAAAACCGUUCAAUAGUGCAUUUGAUCAGUUGUCAAUUGACGAAUUAACGUCUAAGCUCGGGCUCGGGGUUCUACCAAAGCAGUUACCUGUACCGUCAAAGCGAUUGAUCGGAGAAAUAGCUUUUCAAUUGGAUAGGAGAAUUCUGCACAGUAUAUUCAUCCACAGAAAGCGAUUAUACGGAUUUACGGUUCGAAAUAUUGCAGAGAAAAUAGAGGAAUACACAAAAGAUUUUGCUUCUGGCACCGUGGAUCACGAGAAAAGAAAUUCUCUUCUUGUUAAACGUGAUGCAACUAUGGAAUUGUUACGGAAUUAUGCCGGUUACAAUCAAAAGUACCACCCCACCUUUUCUGAAAUGUUGGUCAACAAGUUCGGUGUUUUAAGGAUCGAUUCCAGUUUGAGAAACGGACAGCAGCAAGAGCUAAUGGACCCCACGUAUUUAAAAUCGGCAAUUUUAACAAUUUUGGAACCGAAUUAUACUUAUGACGCAUUGAUAUUGCUUGAUUCGUUGGUAGCGUUUGCAAAACACGACGGUAAACCACUUUUUGAGUGGUGAUGUCAAAAUAAAUUGUUUUAACACUUGCAA